AUGGACGCGCGGGGCUGCGUGGCCGCCUGGUGGGACAUGGUGGUGCGGAACCUGCGAUCCAUUCCACAUUCCUGUUCAACACUUGGAAGAAAAACUGCUGCUCUGUACAACAACUUUACUAGUAAACCAUUAAAAGAAUACAUUUUUCCUCCUUUGAUGAACAUGCUAAUAUUUUUAAAUUUUUUCAAAGCACCCUUUCUUGUGGAUUUAAAGAAACCGGAGUUAAAGAUUGCUCACACGGUGAACUUCUAUAUCAGAGUUGAACCUGGGGUGAUUCUGGGAAUCUGGCACACGGUUCCCAGCUGCCGGGGUGAGGAUGCUAAGGGAAAGGACCGUUGCUGGUACGAAGCAGCCCUUCAUGAUGGCAACCCGAUUAUUGUAUAUCUUCACGGCAGCGCGGAAAGCAGGGCAGCUUCUCACAGACUUAGGCUCGUAAAGGUGCUGAGCGAUGGUGGCUUUCACGUCCUGUCCGUGGACUACAGAGGGUUCGGGGACUCCACGGGGAAGCCCACAGAGGAGGGACUGACUGCAGAUGCUAUUUGUGUCUAUGAGUGGACGAAGGCGAGAAGUGGUAGCACCCCUGUGUGUCUCUGGGGCCACUCUCUGGGUACAGGAGUUGCAACCAACGCCGCAAGAGUGCUGGAAGAGAAAGGAUUCCCAGUUGAUGCUAUUAUCCUGGAGGCUCCAUUUACCAACAUAUGGGUUGCAACUAUCAAUUAUCCCUUGUUAAUGAUUUAUCGGAAACUUCCAAGAUUUUUACGCACACUUAUGGAUGCCCUGAGAAAAGACGAAAUAGUCUUCCCUAAUGAUGAAAAUGUUAAAUUCCUGUCUUCUCCCCUUCUCAUCUUACAUGGUGAGGAUGACAACACGGUGCCGUUGGAGUUUGGAAAAAAGCUCUAUGAAAUCGCACAUAAUGCAUACAGGAACAAAGAGAGGGUCAAGAUGGUGAUCUUCCCUCCCGGCUUCCACCAUAACUUGCUCUGUAAAAGCCCCAUGCUGUUAAGAGCUGUGAGAGAUUUCCUGAGCAAACAGUGGGCAUGAGGGCUGAGAGUGAUGGAAACCUGCAGCGAAGGCUUGGUCUGAACAUCACCGAUGGUAUAUAUUUUUUAUGUGAAACUGCACUGGGCUGCUUGGAUAAGCUGAAGUCACUGACAUUUCUACAGGUCACCUGCCAUUUUAGUAAAGAUGGAAAGCACAGAUGCUAGGUGUUUUGAAAGUUCUCACUUAGCUGAUCUCAGUUUCCUUUGUGGAACAAACUGAAACCUCACUAUAGAGAAUCAUUAGAAUUUGGUAAAAUUUGGAUCCCAUCUAAAAAUGUGUGGUUAUUAAACAUUCUGGGGAGAUUUAUGAAUAAGGUGGCCUGUGGCUGGGACUUAAAAAAGUGUAAGGAAGGUGCUCCAAUGUAGUUAAAUAACUAGUUUCAGUUUAGAAAACUUAAAUGGAAUUAAAAACAUUCCAAGUACCUUCUAGCUGAAUAGUACCGGGGAAAGUUCUAGCAUACUACUCAAUCUGCCAU